AUGCGCUGUUUGAAGUGCCAAACGCAUGUCUGCAAGCGCCAUAACUCCUAUCGACUCAUUACAAGGUUUUUAAUGACCAAUUAGCUAAUUUCAGAAUCCAGAAUGUCGAUUUGAUUGAUUUUUUGAUUUUUUUUUUUAGCAUUUUAAUGCUAGAUUUUCUCGAAAAUCAUUUUAAAAACCCCAAAAUUUCCAGAGAUCGACUGCACAAAACAAUGUGGCUGAACGACUACGUUAUCAAACACUACAGACCCACAAAAAUGUCACCUUGGAUGUGUAUCUGCAG